AUGGAUUUGCAGCAGCAACUGGGAAGGGCUUUAGAGCAGCGGGAUUCGCGAAGGUUCGAAGAGGCCUUAAGGUUAGGCGCCAAUCCCAAUGAGUACGAUGUCUUCGGAAUAAGCAUCUACGAGAAAUCGCUGUCUACCGCUGGUUGUGUAGAAUUUAUCAUUCUCUGUCUGCAGUCAGGAUGCAGUGUAUUUUAUAUUAACCAGAAAAAUCAGAAAGCAGCCAUUAACUAUUCUGUUGAUUCCACAGACAGUGAGCAUGUGAAGGUUCUACUGGAGCAUCAGGGAGUUCCGGUGAAUCACAAAUACAAUAAUCUAACGCCACUUAAUGCCUUGGCAAAAAACCUAAGCAGGGAGAAUGCCAGCCAGACGAUGGAAUGUAUAAGAGAGCUUCUACGAUACGGAGCCUCGCCCAACAUUCCAGAUGAUAACGACAUGACUCCGCUGCACCGUAUUCUGCUGAACAGACAGAUCGGGAACCAAGAGAAGGAGGCAAUGGUUCGUUUGUUUCUCAACGUAGUUGAUAUAGACAUUGACAGCUACUGCGAUGGCGAAGUGCGGCAGGAACUGCAGGAGCAGAUGCCCCAUCUAGUGCUACCCGCAGUACGGGAUGCGAGUGGGAGGGAUGAUAAUGAUAUCCACGGGCAGCUUCUUCGUAAACUGCGCAAUGACAACGUCGAGCAGUUCCAACAAUUGUUGUCCAGCUAUCAGGGUAAUAAAUUGGAGCUCCUUGAGGAAUGCAUCAUAUGCAGGAGCCACGAAGUGUUCGACUGCCUUCUACAAACAGACAUUGAUAUUAAUGAGAAAUCGAAAGUAUAUGAGAGGACACUUGUUGAGAUUGCCACAGCAUACGGCAACUUUUAUUGUCUCGCAAAGCUGCUGCAGCAUGAGAAGCUAAGGCUGUCCCCAAACCUGGAGCUCCUUCAUCAGCUCAUCGGGAGACUGGGUGAGAAAUCGGAAUAUAUCAGCUGCGACUAUGUAGAGUGCUUUAGGCUGAUUCUGAACAGCAGCCAUGUGAACGUCAAUGAGGCGGAUGCAAGUGCCAGGACACCACUCCACUAUGCUAUACUAUAUAACAAUGAGUUUGCCGUGAGGGACCUGCUCCAGCAUGGGGCCUACCUGGGCGCGAAGAGCAAGUUCAAGGAAAUUGCCAUACAGGGCAUUAGGCCGGAGCUACUGGAGAAUCAUUUUGAUGAGUGCAUAAAAGUUAACGAAAUGAGUCGUGCCGAUAAAUAUUUUGCGAUAAUUCUGGACUACACUAAUCUAAAGCUGCCAACCGAUAUGAGAUCGGAUAUGAAGCACUAUGAAGUGGAGAGUAUUGUCGCUAUGGGUGAAUCAAGGAAGCUUCGGCAUUUACUUAAUCACCCGCUAAUCAAGACAUAUAUUACGAUUAUGUGGCAGAGCAUAUCUGUACUAUUUCACUCCUAUUUUUGUGCUUCCUUAAUAUUUAAUAUUUUCGCAAUAGCCAACAUAUUGCUACAUUUUUGUAAUAGUCCUAUAGUAUCCAUCUUUAGUGUACUCUCUCGGAUGGGUAUCGGAUAUUUUGUGGUAUGUGAGCUGAUUAAUUCAAUUUUGAGUAUCGUAUUUUGGUCGACUGGCCGAAUUUUGAAUAUUGCACACAUCGUGAUGCUAGCCCUUAGCGACAUUCUGGAGAGUAAUCCUCCGACAUAUAAUACCCGUAUUUUUGCAGCAUUCACAAUUCUUUUGAUAGGCCUCAGACUAACCAAACUUCUAGGCUACCUGCCAUACUUUUCUCUAUCCACGCACGUACUGAUGCUCAAAAAGGUGUCCAUUAGCUUUUUAAUGAGCUUCAUACCAUACUCAAUCUUGAUUGCUUCUUUUGGACUAUCUUUCUAUAUACUGAACUUCCAUAAUUUGUCUGAGAAAAAUGUCUUUGAAGCCAUCUUCAAGACAAUUGUCAUGUCGACGGGUGAAUUUGACGAAAGCAACUUGGAUUAUCAAAAGAAUUUCUUCAGUUGUGUGCUCUUCAUAUUGUUUGUUAUCUUUAUUUCGAUAGUGCUGAUGAAUUUAUUGGGCGCCUUAGCAUUUGCUGAUACUCAGGCUAUCAAAUCCCAAGCUGAAGUAAAUAGUCUAAUUUGCCUGGCUAAUUUGCUGAGCUGCUAUGAAGCAUUUCUCACUAAGCCCUGGCGACGCCAUGAGUCCUUGCGCAAGCUUUUGCAUCGUUUAGUAAGAAUCAAAUAUACUAGCAUACCACGGACGGUAUUCGUGUCUCCGAAUAAAGAAGAUAUUCCCAAGGCAAACAAUAUUCCCACUAAUUGUGUGGAAAUGGAGCCAUUAACUCGAUUAAACAAUCCGCAAGAUCAGUUCGAUUUAUGGUUAAGCUAUAAAAUGGUUACACCGAUGCUUCAGAUUAUUGAUCGGAAAGCGAAAGCUGAUCCAAAUUAAUAUUAAUAAUGAUGUUAAACAUACAAAUAUUUAAUACAUUUGAUUAUCAAUUUAAAUGUUAUCUAUUAUUUUUUCACCGACAACUACGGCUUUUAAUUUUGCAAUAAUUCCAUCUAUUGUGGUUUCAUUUUUUAUUUUGUUGAGGGUUGUGCCCGUUAUUUUUGAUUUAAUCAACUCUAUGGCAAUUUCCUCAUAAGUUCCCUUUGUUAAGUUGACAAGUCUUAAUGCCGUUAAGAAUUUUUCAAGACGGAUUUUCUUUCCGUCAAAUUCUGGGUCUGCUUGUGCAAUUUCCCUAAUAUAUGCCCUCUCGGCAGCGGCUGUGUCAACCAUUAUACGGCUAUUUCUUUCUUCACUUUCGGGUAAAAUAUCUUUGGAAUCCAGUGUUGUA